AUUCAGCUUCCAACUGCCGCUGGUAAGUUCACAGGAAAUCUUUUUUUCUGCCGAUUAAAGUGGAAAAAUUGGCGCCGAUGAUAUACCGGGACAGAGUUCAGAGGCUCACCGUGCUAAAGUCCUUUUCUGGGUUGAUCUGCAGAUCUUCAAGUGUUCCUCUAAGCAGCAGAGAUGAGCAGCAGGAGCAGCAGGUGCAGCAGGUGCUGUACGAAGGGUCCCUCCAGCUGUCGGACACGUAAAGGCCCGGGGGGUCGAUUCUCCAGAGCUGCUCUAAAGAAGCCUGCAUGGACGAAAGAUGAGGACGAGAAGCUGCAGCGACUGGUGAAGGAGUUUGGAUCAAACAGCUGGUCUUCAAUUUCUCAUCAUUUCAGAGGUCAGAGGUCACAGGUGGAGUGUCAGCGGCGGUGGCAGCAGAUAAAGAAUCCAGAGCUGGUCAAAGGUCCCUGGACUAAGGAGGAGGAUCACAGGGUCAGAGAGCUGGUGCAGAGGUACGGUGUGAAGCACUGGUCGCUCAUCGCCAAACACCUGCGCACCCGGAACGGGAAGCAGUGCCGCGAGCGCUGGCACAACCACCUGAACCCGAUGGUGAAGAAGAGCAGCUGGACGCUGGAGGAGGACCGCAUCAUCUGUCAGGCGCACAGGCUGCUGGGAAACCGCUGGGCCGAGAUCUCCAAGCUGAUGCCUGGCAGGACGGAUAACUCCAUCAAAAACCACUGGAACUCCACCCUGAAGAGGAAGGUGGAGAAGGAGGGAUACCUGCAGGCCCUGUGCCUCCACAACUCUUGCAUCACCUCCUCCAGCACCACCUCCAGACCAGCAUCCAGGAGCUGUGGCCUCCCCUGCACCAUCCCCACCAAGGCAGACAGUCUGUCCAGCACGAAGGACGAAUCCAGCUGCACCUCCAGCGAUCAGAGCGCGUGCAGACGCAACAGGAGCGCCACCCAUCGGUGCUCCGCCUCCCCUGGCUACGACUCAUCUCUGAGCGUCAGCAGACUGGCGGCAUCUUUGGAGCUCAUGGAGGCGAGCAUGGGGACCUGGAGCCGUGACUCAAAGGAAGUGACCUCAUCCCUGAAACAGCAACCGGCCCUGCUUCCUGCCUGCCCACACAGAGAUGGUAGUGACCCAUCAGUCGUGGAUCUGAGUAGGAGCUACGUUGCAGGUAUGAUGGAGCAACUGCUGAAUGGUGAGGACAGCGCCUCCGUCAUGAAUUUCUCCUCCUCAUGGAGCAGAAGCAGCCAGGUGGGAGCUGUGAGCUUCUCCCCCUCAGAGCUCUUCAGUCUGUGUGCUGUGGAGGAUCUGAAGUUAGAGCGUCCGGCUUUCACCUCCACCCCACUCUGCUCCCUCAAACACGCCAUCAGCUUCAAGCAGGAGGAGGUCUAUCCGCACUGCAGCUCCAGCAUGCAGAUGCCCACAGAGAUUAGAGAGAAGGUCAGAGUGUCCCUGAUGUCUGCUCCUCAAACACCAACUCCUCUGAAGCUCAGCGAGAGCCUGGACGAGGUUUCAGUUUGUUCAAGCCAAAUGAUGAAUCUGACCUGGGAGGACAGGAGCAUCGAUCCUGACAGCCAGCAGUCGGGCAGCAGCUCUGAGGUGCAGGGAGAGAGUCUACUGACCUCCAUCCUGCAGGUUCAGGGCGAGCACGCUUCAGUCCAGCAGCAGCAGGUCAAGGGAGAGAGUGGCUCCACCCCUGGCUGCUUCCUCUCAGAUGGACAGGUGGACAUGUGGUGGAAUCAGCAGCCUGUAGGCUACCUGCACUCACCUGAGUGCCCCGCCCACAGCACCAACCCAUUUGAGCUGAGUGGUGAGCUGCAGUUGGUGAUACUCGGGAAAACAGAUGAUCAGAUAAGCCUGACCGAGCAGGCCCGACUCUUUGAGCAGCCCUGAUCUUCAUCAUUGGUACGUCUGCUCUUCACCAUCACCGCAGAGCGUCAGCAAGGAUGUUAAAGGGUUCAUUCCGCCUCACGGUGCCCUCUGCUGGCUCGACUCGGCAUACUAAACACAGUCAGUGUGUCGGUGUCAUCACCUCCUGAGUUGUUUUCCCAUAGCUGGUUUUAGUUUUUAUGGUUUUAAUAGCGGACAUUCAGAGGGACGGAUGGAGGCGUGUCUUUGUCCUGGAGGAUCAGCUGACUCAGGUGUCUCCAGCUGGUCUUCGCUCUUUUCUCUUCUUUCUUCCAGCUGGUUUUCCUGAAGCUUCAGAGCAUGCUAAGUCUCCUGAAUCUGCCCUCCAAUCAUGAGUGAGCGUUUUAGCAUUGCUGCAGCAUCAUCAGCUUCUGGUGUUUGAUUGAUUGAUUGAGCAGCUGACCCAUUUAACAGGUUUAACUUUUUAGAAUUUAAUUUUAAUGUUUUUAAUGCUGAUUUUUAAUGUGU